GUGGCUCUGUCCACUGGGCAUCCUCCGGCGGCAGAGAAGCCCGCCCAGCCAGAGCCAUCAACCCCACCCACCGCCUUGAAAUUUAAAAGAGGCUGUGCCGAGCGGGGAGAUUGGAGGAGAUCCUGCAGGAGCCCAGGGCUGAAAGGAGAUCAUCCACUCCGAGGAAGUAGCGAAUUAAAGGGACACUUUGAAGAAAUGAUGAACAAAAUGAAGAGGCAGCUGUGGUGUGUACUGCUGCUUUGUGGGGCAGCCUUCACUUUGCCCAGACAGGAAAUCCGCAUGAGAUUCAUAAGAGGAGCCAGAUCUUCCAGAGGGAUCUGCAGAGAUGAGAAAACGCAGAUGGUUUACCGGCACCAGCAGUCGUGGCUGCGCCCCAUGCUCAGAAGCAACCGGGUGGAAUACUGCUGGUGCAACGGCGGCCUGUCGCAGUGCCACUCGGUGCCCGUCAAAGGUUGCAGUGAACCAAGAUGCUUCAAUGGGGGAACAUGUCGGCAGGCCUUGUAUUUCUCAGAUUUUGUCUGCCAGUGUCCUGAAGGAUUUGUUGGAAAACGCUGUGAAAUAGAUACCCGUGCCACCUGCUACAAGGACCUGGGUGUCACCUAUAGGGGCACAUGGAGCACAGCAGAAAGUGGGGCUGAGUGUGUCAACUGGAACAGCAGCGUGUUGAUCUGGAAACCCUACAACGGGCGGAGGCGAGAUGCUGUCAAGUUGGGCCUUGGGAACCACAAUUACUGCAGAAACCCAGACCAAGACAGGAGGCCCUGGUGCUAUGUCUUCAAGGCAGGGAAGUACAGCGAGGAGUUCUGCAGCACGCCCGCCUGCCCCCAAGAAAAUGGGGACUGCUACAUCAAAAAAGGAUUAACAUAUCGUGGCACUCAUAGCCGUACCGUGUCUGGUGCCUCCUGCCUCAAUUGGAAUUCCAUGAUCCUGAUGGGCGCGACGUACACAGCGAGGAUGACUGAUGCCCAGGCACUGGGUCUGGGCAACCACAAUUACUGCCGGAACCCAGAUGGGGAUGACAGGCCUUGGUGCCACGUGCUGAAGGACCGCAAGCGGACGUGGGAAUACUGCGACGUGCCCCAAUGCUCCACCUGUGGCCUGAGAAAGUACAAGCAACCCCAGUUCCGCAUUAAAGGAGGACUCUUCACAGACAUCACCUCUCAUCCAUGGCAGGCCGCCAUCUUUGUCAAGAACAAGAGGGGGGCAGAAUACAAGCUUUUGUGCGGGGGUAUGCUGAUCAGCUCCUGCUGGGUCCUGUCUGCUGCCCACUGCUUCCAGGAGAGGUAUCUUUCUCAGAACCUUAAAGUGAUCUUGGGCAGAACAUACCGUUUGAUCCCUGGAGAGGAGGAGCAGAAAUUCGAAGUAGAAAAGUACAUCAUCCAUAACAAAUUUGAUGAUGACACUUACGACAAUGACAUUGCCCUGCUGCGGCUGAGAUCGGAGUCACCCCACUGUGCCGAGGAGAGUGACACUGUCCGCACCAUCUGUCUCCCGGAAGCCAACCUGCAGUUGCCUGACUGGACAGAAUGCGAGCUUUCUGGCUACGGCAAGCAUGAGGCGUCUUCUCUUGACUAUUCUGAGCGCCUGAAGGAGGCACAUGUCAGGCUGUACCCCGCCAGCCGCUGCACAUCGCAGCAUUUGCUUAACAAAACUGUCACAAACAACAUGCUGUGUGCGGGGGACACACGAAGUGGAGGGGACCAAGUCAACCUGCACGAUGCCUGCCAGGGUGACUCAGGAGGCCCCUUGGUGUGUAUGAAGGACAACCACAUGGUUUUGGUUGGUAUCAUUAGCUGGGGCCUUGGCUGUGGGCAGAAGGACGUUCCAGGUGUAUACACUAAGGUAGCUAAUUACCUCGAUUGGAUUCAAUACAAUAUGCGAUCAUAACUAUGAACACCCAAUUCCUGGGCAUCCCUAGGGACCCUGACCCUGCCUGCCUCCUCUUCAGAAGACAUUCCAAGGCAGCGUGCUUCUUUUACACAGAUUUCUCCAUGAGCCAUCACACAGUACAAGGCAGGACAGAAUCAGUGGGAGAGGGCAGAAGAUAUAUUUUCACAGAUACUUCCCAUUUUGGAAGCUUUCAGGGCUUGAGGUGUGAAUUCAGAUUAGCAUGAGAUAGUCAUGUUAAUCCCUCUGAACACUGCUGUCCAGGACUGACUAGAGGUAGGAGGCCAACCUCCCUGUGGAAAUGGAGCCAUAUAGAUAAAAGCAUGUCUCCAUAGUAAAAAUUAACUAGCUCUUUCAAGAAAGAAGGAUUGCAUUAGAAACAGUGUCUAUUUAUGAUCGCAAGGAAGCAGAGGCCUCCUAUUAAGGGAGGGCUGGCUGGCCAGCUCAUUUUCCUCAAAAUCAACCUUUAAAUCAAGUAUGUGGAUUCCCCUUUCUCUGUAACUGUUAGGAGGAAUUCCUAUUGUGUACAGUGUAAAUCUUUUUCCUUUAAAACUUUAUAAUAGAACUGUAUCAUUGUAGUAGCUGGUAUACUAGGUUUUAGUAUAUUUUUAGCAAUCCAUUUUUGUUUUUUCUUUCUGUUGUCACAAUGCUGUAUUAUACUGUCCUGAAAUAAUAAAUUCAGAUAUAUU